GGUUCCUGCGGACGCGAGAUGGCGCCGGUUCCGAAGACUGCAGGGCGGAUCAAGCUAGACUGUCCUCUGCGGCCAGGCUGCCCGCUGGGGGUCGCUGCUGUCCCCAGACUCUGCCAGGAAUUCGGUCCCGAGGACUACGGAGAAGAGGACAUAGUGGAUUUUCUUCGAAGGCUGGUGGAGAGUGAGCCCCAAGGCCUGCACCGGAUCCAUGUGGAUGGGAGCAGCGGGCGACUACAGCUGUGGCACCAUGACUACCUCCUGGACCAUUUCUGUGAUGAGGGGGAAACAACUAGACAGAGUGACAGGGGCAAGGGGGCUGAGGGACUGGGCACCUACUGCGGUCUCCAAAAGUCCUUCCUGUACCCUCCCCAAGGGUCUAAGCCCUGCCCUCAAAGACCCUCUGCCUCAGCAUCCUUCUCCAGCAGCUCAGACAGCCUGCUUCAGGUGGCCAUGCCCCAGAAGCUGCUGCUGAGUGAGGAGGAAGCCAACCGACUGGCUGAAGAACUGGUGGCUGAGGAGGAACGCACAAAACAGAAAGCAGAGAAGAAACGACUCAAGAAGAAGCGUCAAAAGGACCGAAAGCGACAGGAGCGCAGGGAGCAGGAUAGUGGGGUGCCCAAGGUUGAGGCCUCCCCAGAUGGGAAUGGGAGCCCCCCAUCCAGCCCUGGGAACCCAGCUCAGGGACAGUGUGGUGAGGAAGAGGAAGCACUGGAUCUAUCUAGCACUUUCGUGUCUCUGGCUUUGCGCAAGGUUGGGGAUUGGCCCCCUAGUGCCCUCAGAGAGAAGGAACUGAGCCAGGAGCCCCAAGUCAAGAGCCUAAGCCCUCAGAAGAAGGUGGGCCAGGAGGAAGGGAACUCUCCAAGAGAAGAGAGUCCCAGGCAGAGUCCUAAGGCAGAGGCAUCUCCAGGACUGCUGGCAGCUGCCUUACAGAAGAGCCAGGAGCUGGCAAAGUUGGGUACUGGCUUUGCCCAAAAUGGUUUCUACCAUGAGGCCGUGGGCCUCUUCACCCAGGCCUUGAAGCUCAACCCCCGGGACCACCGGUUAUUUGGAAAUCGCUCUUUCUGCCAUGAGCGGCUAGGUCAGCCAGUAUGCGCCCUGGCUGAUGCACAGGUGGCCCUUACCCUGCAACCCGGCUGGCCUCGAGGCCUCUUCCGCCUGGGCAAGGCCUUGAUGGGACUGCAGCGCUUUGAGGAGGCAGCUGCUGUGUUCCGGGAGACUCUAAGAGGGGGGUCCCAGCCUGAUGCAGCUCGGGAGCUCCACUCUUGUCUUCUGCAGCUCACUAUGCAGGAUCAGCGAGGAGGAUACCCUGCACCACCUCCGCCACCUGGGUUCCCUCCGCCACCUGGGUUCCCUCCGCCAUUUCCCCACACUGAGCCAGCAGCCUCAGGCCUCCUCUCCCUCAGUCACCCUCGAAGCACUGCUCCAAGAGCCCCUGGCCUUCUGAAUCCACCCUUGAAUUUUCCGCCUCAUCACCCAAGCUUCUCCAACUGGCCCCACCCCCAGACUCAGAGUAGAAGACCUCUCCAUCUCCAGAACCCCUCAAAGGGCUGGGGAAUCCUGGGACCUGGGCCCCAUCAUCUACCUCAGACCAAAUGAGGGAACACCUGUCCCUCAUAGGAUAGGCAAUGUGUGUGUCCCAUGGGAAUGAGAGACACUGUGUGGUGGCUGUUCCCUGCAUAUUUUGAGACCUUGUACUUCAAAACCAUAGUUAGAGACACCCCUGGUAGUCAUUCCUCUUGCCACAGAAACAUUCUGAUGAGAGAAAGGAGCCCCAGGUCCACUAAAACAGCCUUUCUUCUCAAGCAGAUGGCUUCUGGGGGAAAUAAAAAAUAAAGUCCACCAAGGCUCAAGAAGGGAAACUUACAAGUACAAAAGUUCAGGUUUUAAGACUAUAAUAGACCCAGCAGGGGCCUUUGGGGCAAUUUCUGCUCUUGGCCCUGGGGAACUCAUUCACUAGCCAGAGCUCUGUGCUCGAGAAUGGGGUCAUAGUGAUGAGUAAGGCUGAGUCCCACCUUUCACCUUGAUGGAUGCUCACCUCUUCCUAAUCCCAGUUCUCGCCUUGUUUCCUCUAGCCCCAGCUCCUCGUGCCUUGUUUCCUGUACAGAUUUUUGUGCACAUUCUGACCUAUCCUUUGCCCAGUGGUCUCAUGCUCACCUCCUCUUACUGCUAGAUGAUUCGCCAAGGGUUUGCAUUUCGUAAUUUCCUUUCCAGCUCCUACCUGGAGCUGGCAGAGCCCAUAACAUUUCCCCACUUCCCCACUGCUGGCUCUUCUGCUGAUGGGGCCUCAACAGGCACCCAGGAUGCUGCUACCUUGGCCAUGUUUUUUCUCCACUUCAUCACUGGGCAUUGUAACUAGUCUUUCCCUGUGUGCAUUUAUUCAGUUUUUCCACCAAGGGUCACUGCCCACAGAGAUGUCUAUAAUUCUCUACUUUCUAUGUAAGAAUCAUGAGUUCUCUUUGGUUUCUCUGAGGUCCUAGCAGCUGCCCCUGGCUGGUUCCUCCCUAGCCUUGCCUGGGACUCUCAGCUCAUUUAAAUGGAUCUGCAGGGGACUUUUAGGCCUCUCAGAAUGCACUUCCAAGAGGAACCAUUCAACAGGAUAAUCUGUGCCUCAUUUCCCUCAUCUGUAAAAUGGGUGCAAUCCCUACCUCACAGGGCUGUUGCGAGGACUGAAAAAGAAAGAAGAUACCAAGUGCCUGGUACAUAGUGACUGUUAAAUAAACUAAUUUUUAUCUGCAACUGUCAUACAUAUUCAUGUUUCUCAUGGCGGGAAGAGAGGAGUAUGAAUGAAUUUCUGCCUAUUUCACAAAAUACAGAGUUCUUGGGAUGGUAGU